AUGGAGGAUACAAAUCAGACACUAGUGACGGAAUUUCUUUUCCUGGGCCUCACUGAUGGUCUCCACCAGCAGAUGAUUCUUUUCAUCAUGCUCCUCUUUGUUUACCUCCUCACACUGUGGGGUAACCUGGGAAUGAUCGCACUCAUAUGGACUGAUUCUAGACUCCACACUCCUAUGUACUUUUUUCUUAGCCACUUGGCCUUUGUAGAUAUUUGUUCCUCUUCUUCCAUUGCCCCAAAGAUGCUGUGUGGUAUUUUUGUGGAGAAAAAAGACAUCUCCUUCCUGGGUUGUGCUGCACAAAUGUGGUUCUUUGGUCUCUUUAUGGCAACUGAGUGUUUUCUCCUGACUUCUAUGGCAUAUGAUCGGUAUGUGGCUAUCUGUAAACCCUUGUUGUACACACUCAUUAUGUCCCAACGGGUCUGUGUGCAGCUAGUGGUAGGGCCUUAUGCCGUGGCUCUUAUAAGCACCAUGACCCAUACAACAUUGACUUUUUGCUUACCAUUCUGUGGUCCCAAUAUCAUCAAUCACUUCUUCUGUGAUGUUCCACCACUGAUCUCCCUGGCUUGUGCAGACACCUGGAUCCAUAAAUUAGUGCUUUUCAUCUUGGCUGGAGCAAUAGGAGUAUUCAGUGGUCUGAUCAUUAUGGUCUCCUAUAUUUGUAUUCUGAUGACCAUCUUAAGGAUCCAGUCAGUUGAUGGGAGGAGGAAAGCCUUCUCCACUUGCUCUUCUCAUUUGACAGCUGUCUCCAUCCUAUAUGGGACUCUUUUCUUUAUUUAUGUUCUGCCUAGCUCAAGUUCCUCCCUGGAUAUCAAUAAAGUGAUUUUUCUGUUUUAUACUGUGAUAAACCCCAUGCUGAAUCCCCUUGUUUAUAGUCUGAGAAACAAAGAUGUGAAAGAUGCAUUCAGAAGAAAGUUUGAAAGAAAAAAACUUUCUAGUGGGUAA